CGCGCAGCAGCGUGAGCGUGAUGAAUUUUGGAGUGACGACACCACAAAACCAUAGCACAAUAUUACCGAAGCAGAUAGAAAUCGGGUUGAAGCGUCAUCCAACUGAGAAGCUCAGAGUCCACUAAAAGCUCCAGUGUUCGCCCAGACUGUGGUGACCAAAUCCGGCUUUAAAAUGGUUCAGUUCGGCUGCAGGGUGUGCGGUGUCUCCGCUGUCGUCUCGCUGCUUCUGGCGGGGCUGGCAGCUGCGUCUUCUGAUCUAUUUGACAAUCAACUAGGCGACAUCAAUUACUGCAAAAAGCAAUGCCAGAUCACCGUCAAAAACAAAAGCCCAGCUAAAGACUCCAUUCUGAAUGCCUGUCACCGUGGUUGCCGUCUUUACUCCAUCUGCCAGUUUGUGAAUGGAAAUGCCGGCUUCAACACCAGCAGAGAGGAGUGUCAAGGAGCCUGCCAGGAAGCAUACAGCAAGCUGCUGGAGCAGGAGGCCUGCAGCACCGGCUGUGCCAGCCAGCCUUCUGAACCUGAGAUCAAGAGGAGGAAGUUGAAGGCCAUGGCCCACCGUCCCAUGCCCCCCUCCGUCAUGGACACCGUGUCCAGCUGGUGUAACGACAUUGUCAGCUCUGCUCAGAGCUUCAUCUCCUCUACCUGGACCUUCUACCUGCAGGCCGAUGAUGGCAAGGUGCUCGUCUUCCAGAGCCAGCCGGAGAUCGAGUACACUCUGCCGGAGCUGCAGGCUCCCCACUCCAAUGUGGCAGACAAGCCCUGGCCACAGAUUCACUCCCACACACAGAGACCCCAUGGUGUGAAAGGACAUGGGGAGAAGGUAGCAGCCAAGGCGGGAGGCAAGGGCAAGCACCCAGCAGUCCAGCAACAUACGGAAGACCUAACCGCUGAACAUGACUUCCUGGGAUGCAUGUCAAGGCGCUCUGGGCUGCCUCGUUGGAUCUUGGCUGCCUGUCUCUUCCUGUCCAUCAUGGUGAUGUUGUGGCUGAGCUGUGCCAGCCUUGUCACUGCACCUGAACAGCACAUCAAAACACAGCUGAGCAUCAACGGAGACAAGGAGUUUCUUGAUGACGUCCAGAAGGUCAACCCCUACCAUCUGACCCCUGUGAUUGCUGUAGCCAUCGACCAACCAGAGGAGAGCGAGGAGGCAGGACCACUUCCAGUCAAGGUUGACAUCAACAAGACAUCUCUCUAGGGGACCAAUGGGAUAGGAUCAGUGCUUUCUGGGGUAACGUUUUCGUAAAACCUCCCUCAGUAAAAGAUGGAGAACAGAAACACACCAACAUUCACACCAGAUUUUCUAUAGAUGCAUGGCACCAUCCCUUCACUACAGGUUUGUCUCGUCUUUCUCUAGCGAGUCUGCCCAUCAGAUGUUAGCCUGUUGUGCUUGUCUCUGUGUAGAAUACUGAUUUUGUAGAUUCAUGCUGUCCAUUGUUAAACCUCACUAAGAGCUUCGAGAUCAAAUUGUCACCACCUUCUUGUACCUAUCAUUUUAUACUUGACACUGCAAUUGCUUAAGGCUUAUUUAAUAGACAGUUGAACUAUUAAAUGUAACUACUUAGUUCUGCCUGUGAGAGAGUUAAGGAGAACAGGUGAAUGAGCGCUGAAAGCUUUCCAAGCUUUUGAUGUACAAGGGGAUAGAAAAAGAACACAAGGAUUCAAAUUGAAGGUGAAUAACUGUUUUCCUCAUGCUCUUACAUACUUUUGGAAUUAAUUGGUGACUUGCAGAGAAAUAAAAGCAAUUGAGAUAUUCAAAAUGCUUUGAAAGGUACCUUGUGAACGCUGCAGGAGACAAUAGCUACCAGUGUUCACCUGUGUUUGAUGUGUUUGAGUUUGACUGACGUCAACUGUGAGAAGCAAAUAUACAUAAUACAUCUUAUUUUCCUCACACUGAAUGAAAGAGAAUUCUCAUAUCAGAUUAAAACCUCUUAUGAAUUGGCCACUUUUUUAAAUUUUUGCCUACAAUGACAUGCCAAAAUCUAACUGCCUGUAGCUCAGGCCCUGAAGCAAGCAUGUGCAUAUUCUUGGUACCAUUUGAAAGGAAACACACAAAAGGAAGUUUGUGGAAAUGUUAAAGGAAUGUAGGAGAAUAUAACAUUAGAUCUGGUAAAAGAUAAUACAAAGAAAGAAAAAAACAGUUUUUCUCUACCAUCAUCUUUGAAAUGCAAGAGAAAGGCCAUAAUGUAUUAUUCCAGCCCAGUUGCAAUUUAGAUUCUGGCCACUAAAUGGGAGCAGUGUGUGCGCAAAGUAUUAGACUGAUCCAAGGAACCAUUGCAUUUCUGUUCAAAAUGUUGUAUCAAGAUCCAAAUGUGCCUAAUUUGUUUAUUAAUAACUUUUCAUGUUCAAAACUGUGCACUCUCCUCAAACAAUAGCAUGGGAUUAUUUCACUGUAAUAGCUACUGUAAAUUGGACAGUGCAGUUAGAUUAACAAGAAUAUAAGCUUUCUGCCAAUAUCAGAUAUGUCUAUGUCCUUGAACAUUUUCUGGCAUUAGCCUACAUUAGUUCAACCAUCCCGCAGGGGACCCACCAAUCCUGAAGAAGUUUUGAAUACUCCAUUUCAUUCAAUUCAGACAUUUGGCAGACAAAGGAAUUGUGCUCAAAUUAUGUUGGCUGGGUCACCCACAGCUGUGUGUGUGUGUGUGUGUGUGUGUGUGUGUGUGUGUGUGUGUGUGUGUGUGUGUGUGUGUGUGUGUGUGUGUGUAUUUGCGCGCAUUUGCGUGUGUUUGAGGAAAAUCAAAACAGUGCUUGGUGUAUUUAUUUAUUUAUGCCUUUGUGUAUUUAUUCAGAACCAAUAGCAUAAAGUACCUGUUUGAUAGUGUAAUUGAAGUGCUAUGUAAAUGCUCAUCCAUCCAAAUCUUUCCUAUUGUUAUGACUGUAAUAAAACAUUGUAGCCCUUUUUACAGAUUUGAAAAGAGACUAAUAAUAAGACUAAUAUUAUUGUGUUAUUAUUGUAUCUCCUCAAGAGUUACACCUAUUAGCUAUGAAAUGUGUCAUGCACUUUCUAGGAGAUGGUUCUGUAUUCUAUACGAGCUCAUAAUGAAGGGAUGACCAAUGUGAUGCGCAAUGCAAGGCUUUUAGAAUAGACCUUUGUUUUCAAGUUACACAGUCAAUGAGCUAUAUUUUGAUUUUGCCUAGUCACAGUGCAUGCUAGUAUGCUACAACACAUUACAUUAAACCACCCAUCUCAGUAGCAGGAAACUAAUAUAGACUUGUGAUUUUUGUGUUUCUAUUUAAAUGUUGUAUAGAAUGUUAUGAUAAUAAUCUCAUGAUUUAAGUUUGGGAAAGAAACAAGAUGGAUAUAUCUAUAAACCAUUCAAUAUCAGUCCUGGUUCAAGUGAAAGUUCAUGUAGCUAGUGAUAGGAGUUUCAAACUGUAACGGUUCCUUUUUAUCGAUUUGUUUUCAAUGAAAUGAUAUACGACAUGACGAAUAAAGUGUUUUCAUGUUAAACAUAA